AUGGUCAACGAGUCUACAAGAGAGCAAACGCCCGACACCGUUGAGGAGGAGGAGGUUGAUGACGAUGAACCCGAUGAGUGGGACAAGAGAAUCAACAAUACCGGGUGCGCUGCUGAGAACCUGAAGCUUACGCUGUGCCACGCGGACACUGGUGACUGGAGGAAAUGCACUAAAGAGAUGGAAGAGUUCAAAAAGUGUUGGGAACUGAACAAGAACAACGUGAGAACGUCAACUGUGGAUAGCGAUGAGAAGUUCUGA